UGGUCCUAAUAGUUGCGGCCACUGCAGGGUUCCCACAGUCAUGUGAUCUUGAUUCAGGUGCUUAGCAACUGGCUUAAAAUCACAAUAUUCCAACAUUCUGCAGUCAUAUGGUCACCAUUUGUAACCUUCACAGCCAGCUUUUGAGAAGUCAAGUUAAUGGGGAAGCUGGCAGGGCAUUGUAAAUGGUGACCCAAGGACGCCUCAACAAUGUGGGAUUCACCUAAUGACAGCAACUGAGAAUGCUUGAACUGCCUUUUCCAACCAUGUCGCUUAGCGAUGGAAUUCCCUCUCAGUUAUCAUUGGUAAGCAAAGACAGCCUGUAAUAAUGUACAGCAAUCUCUGAAAUAUUGGGAAUAUUAAUGCUGCUUUCUAUGAAAGGUUGGAUGGGUCUCAGAAAUAAUUGAUUUUUGAUCUACAGUAUUAGAGUCAGUCCUACCGAUUAAAGAAAAAUCAGGGUCAGUCAUUUGAGACAUCAGUAUGUUGCCCCUGACUAAAUUUUAUAAAAUUUAUAGUAUUUAAAAAAUUUAUGCCAGAAGGAAUAAUGGUAGAUAAUUUGUACUUUGUGUACACAUGGGCAGCACAAUCUAAAGCUUUCUCUUAAAGUUUUGCAACCUAUUGCCUGGUUAAGCAAGAUCAUGGUUGUAUUGGUAGGACCAGAGUGAGGUUGAGAGCUAUUUUAUGAGGUGAGGCAAUGGCUAAUUGAAUUUAAACAAGUGCUUCUGUGUUUGGCAGAAAAAAACCAGGCAAUAGCUGCUUUUUUACACAGAUGUUCAGAUAGUGAUGUUUGUAGAAUUGCUAACUUGUUUCAUUAUUUCAUUUUAUUGAACAUUUUGAGGAAAUUUUGUAUAUAGCUUUUUUUUAAUUGAGCAGAUGGGUGAUAUAUAAGUUCAAUAAAUGAAUACAUAUAUAAAUAUACAUUAUUUGAGAUACUUAGGAUCUUUAAGAAUAAACAUAUAUGGAAUAAUAAUAGAAGGUUUUAAUAAUUGAGGUUUUCUGAUAGAAACUUGAUAUUCUGAUUGAAUAAAUUAAAUAUAGUCUAUAAGGCUCCAAACCAAGAAUAACACUUGGCAGUAUUUCCAAGCUGAAUUCUUUACUGUUUCACAAAAUCUUGCCACACUGAAGACUCUAUUACCUACAACUACAACUUAGUCUGUGAACUUCUGUAUUACAGGGAGGCUUUCUUCAGCCUCUUUCUCUGACACAUGAUAUCUGGGCUGAGCUGAUAUUGUUACUCUUCUGGAAUGCACCCCUUCCCUCUUGGGGAUCCACCUUAUUACUUUCUGUCACAUAGUUAACAACUAUAGGUUAACAACUGCUGUGUUUAGUGACUAUUUGAACCUACAAUGGCACUGAAAACGUAGCUUUGCAGUUGUUUCUCAAACUUACAACAAUCACAGUGUCCUGUGGUCACAUGAUCACCAUUUGCAAGCUUCACAGCUAGCUUUCAACAAGCAAAAUCAGUGGAGAAGUCAGCAGUCAAUUAUAAGUUGUCGUCAUAUGAUGUUGCACUUAAUCACCACAGCAGAACUGUCAUAAAUUUGUUUCAGUCUUCUGAUAUUUCUAUUAAUGAAUGCAUCACUUAGUUAUGAAGUUGCCAGUCCCAAUUACAAUAGUUAAGUGAGGACUAUCUAUAUAUGUUAGCAUAUCAUGAAAUAAUAUCUGAAAGUCAAUGAAGAUAUUUUCAUCCUAUCAAAAGGAUAUUGGUGGCAGCUAAUUUUAACAAGUUAUGUGAUUAUUAUUUGAGAACCAAUUGAAGUUUUUCUGUAAUCUUUUAGAGCAGCUUAAUAUACAAUAGAUUGCUGUAAUUAAAAUGUGAUGUUCUGAUAGCUUUUGAAAUUCCUAGGAAGUUUUAGAGCAGUAUUUUUAAAACUUGGGAUAUUUAAGAUGUGUGGAUUUCAACUUCCAUUGGCAGGUUGGGGAAUGCUGAAAAUUGAAGUCCACAUAUUUUAAAGUUACCAAGUUUUAAAAACUGUUCUAGAGCAUUCACUUUAUUUCUGAUGACAGAAUGGCCACAUAACAAACAGAUAUGGCCCAAAGCCCCCCAACCAGCUUUCAUGCCUGAGGCUUAGAAUUCACCUGGUUUCUAGACUAGUACCUUAACUAAUACAUCAAACUGAAUCUCUCUUCUCAUUGGAAGCCAAAAUAACUUUAUGAGAUAAGAAGUGGCUGAUUUUGUGAAGGCAGCCUAUGAGCAUAGUUUGCUUAAACCUUUUGUUGUUGUUGUUAUUGUUAACUCAGCUUAUAUAAAUUGUAAUAUGUGAACUUUCCUUUCGUUUGCCUUUCUGCAUCUGGCAUUCUUAUUGGGCUUUGACAGUUUCUGUUUCUUGUGAUAUGCCAUUUUAAUGACAUUUCACUAAAGGGAGACAUUGAAUCGAAAAAGAGGAUUCAAACACCUGUGAUCUGUUGUCAUAAAAUCUGUCACUUUUCAACCAGUGGCAAAAGGAAAGUAGAGGUAUUUGCAAGGAUAGAACAUCAAUGGUUACAGAGAUGCCACAUGACAGGAGCCUUAGAUCUUACUCUGAAUGCAAUAUUAGCAGUAUUUGGGGGAAAGUUAGGGUAAAUGGCUUUACAUUAAAAUUUUGUGAUGCAUUGGUUUCACUUUACAAUAUGAAUGGGGAUACAAUAGCCAAACAGUCACAAAUCAGGUUGUGCAAACUUUUAGAUGCAUUUCCAGUGUGGAAAUGAGGAAAGUGCUUGAUAUAAUGUUUUAUAAAAGGAAUUAGCUUAAUUAGUAUAUUCAAAAGUGAAAAACUGUUGAGGGAUCAGAGACUAUACUGCAAUCACACAAUACUUUGAGGUUUGCAAGAGGCCUUCUGCAAACCAGGAUUUCACUGAAAGAGAAGUUUUAUUUUGUUGUUUGGAUUUUAAACUGUGAAAAUGGGAAUAGAAGGCCUCAAGAAAGCAAACUAUUUUAAUUAUUACUUGAAAAUAAUCUAACUCCUUCCAUAAGGACCCAAAAUAAUACCACAAAAAUUCUCAGAAGUCUUCUACUCACGAUUACCCUCACAUUUUUCUUAAAAAGAAAAAAAUGCAGCCAUUUUGCUGCUGAAUUUUGGAACACUAUCUCUGAGAAAACUACAAAUGUGGUGCUAAAAGUAACCAAUCAGUUGCUCUUGUUCUGUAUGGAUAUGCUAAAAUAUUGCAAUAAUUGUCCUUCCAUAGCAGAUUUCACAACAUGCAAAUGAUUUUCAUAAGUCAUCUUAAAACUUAAUGGAAAUAAAAAAGAAUCCCAUUUCCGUCACAUUCUUAGAACUGUAUUAUGGUACUCUAAUUCAAAUAUGUGUUGAGCUCAUGCUAUCUACAUUUGUGGUUACUGCACUAAAAAGGAUAUUGUAGAUAAAAAUAAAACAAGAAAACAACCUUUAUGGUUGGUUAAUGGUUUAGAGUAGCUUCUUAUAUUACAGUAGUUGGAGCUUUUAUCUGGGAAUAACAAAAUAUGAGAUGUAAAAUGUAUAGGCCAGUGCUGCCAAACCUUUUGGGUUCAGUGUGUCAAAAGUUUAGAAAAUGCCUGAUUUUGCUGGCAUGUAACCCCCUCCCACUGAACACAAGAAAAACAUUUAUAAAUUCAUUUAUUUUUUUAAAAAAAAUACAGUCCAAUCUUGUAAUCUCCAGGAUCUGCUCUGCAUCACUUACCUUCAGGCAUUGUUCCCUUUCUUUUAACUGGCCUCUGUGGCUUACCCAAAGCAGCUCUGGGUCACAUUCAUUCUUGAAGUGGUUUCAGAGAAUGCUCUUCUGCAGUGUUGCAGCUUUCAAAAACCAUGCGAAAGCAUGCUCCAUUCUUGCACAAUUUUCAGAGGGUUUGAAGGGAGUGCGAGAGUAUAGUCUGCUGGUGCAACUUCUGGAGGUUGCACGAGAACACACCCCAUUCUCACGUGGCCAUCACAGCCUCUAAUAAUCACUCGUGAAUGGGGCAUGCUUUUGUCAAGGGUUGAUAAAUGCUGGUGUGUCAUUCAAAACAUUAUCACAUGUCACUUUUGACAUAUGUGUCAUAGCUUUGCCAUCAUUGGUUGUACUACAGGUAAGAGAAGAAGUAUCUGGUAUACUACAGGUAAGAGAAGAAGAAAUAACUUUUUCUACAGUCUAGAAUUUAUUGUUAGCAAUUCAGCAGACUACAGUAUCAGUGUCACCUAAUAAGUGCAAAACUAUUAAUGUCUCCUGAAUCACUAGUUUGCCUUACAUGGAUACUUAACCAUUGUGUACAACCAUUAAAGCAGGAUUAGAUCUGCCUAUAGCCUAACCCAUGAAGACCUCUGAUUUUAUGAGAGUGAUAUCAUAAAAAUAAGGCCUGGUUUAUUGUUUCUCGGGAGUCUUUUAGAUGUUUACAAAUUUUUUUUUGUGUUUACAUUUAUAUCCCGCCCUUCUCCGAAGACUCAGGGCGGCUUACAGUGUGUAAGGCAAUAGUCUCAUUCUAUUUGUAUAUUUACAAAGUCAACUUAUUGCCCCCCCAACAAUCUGGGUCCUCAUUUUACCUACCUUAUAAAGGAUGGAAGGCUGAGUCAACCUUGGCCCUGGUGGGAUUCGAGCCUGCAAUAAUUGCAGGCUGCUGUGUUUUAAUAACAGGCUAUCUUACAGCCUGAGCCACCACGGCCCUGCCUUACUUUAUAAAUGACUGAUGUUAGCUAGCUAUCGGUCCAGAAUUGUUAGAACUGAACCUCAUCACAGAUGGUCACUAACUAGGCUUCUGUAAAUACUGGCUUCUAUCCUGCUCUCUUGGAAUAAUUAGCAAAAAGAAUAAACCAGGAGUCAGUAGCGCAAAAAGGAACUGGAUAGUUUUACUUAAGAAUGUAAUAGUGUGUUGGAUUGUGCCUAAAAUAGAACAGUCAGCAUAGACUGCUUCAACCUGUCUGAAUCUAUUUUUAAUACUCUAGUCUAAACCAUGUGGUAAAACCACAACCUUUCACGUUUUACAUCUGGAAGAACUAAAGCCACAGCAUGAUUUCUGUGGCUAUGAACUAAUAUGAUUGGCUAGCCUUAUUGGCACUAAAAUCUAAUGCCCCCACUGAUAACUUGGAAGGAUUGAACACUCACAAAAGGGAAUGUUACGGUGGACAGUUCAUUUAGAAGGUGGGCCUCGAAGAGUAAACCACGCUGCUGUGGCUGUUGGACAUAAAGUCUACUCUUUUGGUGGUUACUGUUCUGGUGAAGAUUAUGAGACUCUACGACAGAUUGAUGUUCAUGUAUUUAAUGCAGUCUCUCUGCGCUGGACCAAACUACCACCAGUGUGGACGAACAGCAGGGACCAUGUGAGAGAAGUUCCUUACAUGAGAUAUGGGCAUUCUGCGGUGCUGAUUGAUGACACUAUCUACAUCUGGGGAGGCCGUAAUGAUACGGAGGGAGCCUGCAAUGUAUUAUAUGCCUUUGACGUCAGCACACACAAGUGGUUCACUCCAAAAGUUUCUGGAAUGGUUCCAGGAGCAAGGGAUGGACAUUCAGCAUGUGUCUUGGGAAAGAGCAUGUAUAUUUUUGGAGGAUAUGAGCAACUGGGAAAUCUUGAAGAAUUAAAUUCAAGAGUUUUCUUGUCUGGGAAUAAGGCUGAUUGUUUUUCAAAUGACAUCCACAAACUUGACAGUAGCAACAUGAUGUGGAGUUUGAUCUGCACUAAGGGCACACCAGCUCGAUGGAGAGAUUUCCAUUCAGCUACAAUAAUUGGGACAAAGAUGUAUGUGUUUGGGGGAAGAGCAGAUCGCUUUGGGCCAUUCCAUUCCAACAAUGAGAUUUACUGUAACCGAAUCAAAGUAUUUGACACAGACACAAACUCUUGGCUGGAUUCUCCUCCCACUCCUCUUCUCCCUGAAGGCAGACGAAGUCAUUCAGCAUUUGGCUACAAUGGAGAACUAUAUAUAUUUGGUGGCUAUAAUGCACGCCUGAACAGACACUUCCAUGACCUUUGGAAAUUUGAUCCAGUCUCUUUUACCUGGAAGAAAAUUGAACCCAAAGGGAAAGGGCCAUGUCCUCGCCGUAGACAGUGCUGCUGUAGGGUAGGGGACAAGAUCAUCCUCUUUGGGGGCACCAGCCCAUCUCCAGAAGAAGGCAUGGGAGAUGAAUUUGAUCUGAUGGAUCACUCAGACUUGUACAUCUUAGACUUCAGUCCCAGCUUAAAAACGCUUUGUAAACUGGCAGUGAUCCAGUACAAUCUGGACCAGUCUUGCCUCCCUCAUGAUAUAAGAUGGGAGCUUUCAGCAAUGACAACUAAUAGCAACAUCAGCCGUCCAAUUCUCUCUUCUCAUGGAUAAUAUGGUGUCAUGCUCCUGGCUGCCUUCAACUCCUUGCCUUGCAAAUGUCACCUUCUGUCUUCCUCCCUGUGCAUGAAAGUUCAGCUUAUUCAAAAAAAAAAAAAAAGAGCACUACUUCAACACAAAGAUCUCUUUACUGACCAAUAUUGGGAAGGUUCUUUUUGCCUAUCCCACUGCCACACUAGUUGCAGCUAUAACUUUGCCAAAACCUUGAUUUAAAGAUAGCAUGCACGCAGAAUCAGAUAAUGCAUACUACAAAAAAGAACGCCAGAUGUGUUUUUGCUCUCAUAGCUGAAGGUUACAUCUGACAGCCAUCUACUGGUAUAGUAUCUUUUCAUUUAAUAGAGUCAAAAGAAAUAUAAAUCUCAGGACUGUUACAAGACCAGCAUAUAUUUCAUAUGCGCUACAGAAUCAAAGGUGAACAAAGCAAGGACUCAUCAGAAUUCAGCUUCUCUAUGUCUCAGCAAUUUUGAGUGCCUAGCUCUCAGUAUUAAUGUAAGAACUGAACUGGUGCCCUAUCUUAAGCCGUUUUCUUUGCUUCUCUGAGCACAGAAAAUAAUUGCCUAGUCUUAUACAUUUUGGGGGUUGACCAGCUUGUUUUCUGCAAUGAGCACCUGGACGAUCUCCAUAUGAUACUUAAGUACUUGCCACCUUUACAGUGGUAGAGAUCAGAGUCUUCAGCGGAAGAAAGUAGGAUGAGGACUAUCUGGCCAAGCAAGGAGUGGCAUCCAACAUUCUGUAAGACUGAAUCAUAUUUUUUUUCUGCGUGUUAUGGGAGUAUUCAUCACAAGAUCUGAAAUGCUAUCACCCAGUUUAAUAUGUAUAAGCAAAAGCUCUGAAUUUAUAAAUACCAGGGUGGGGGAAGACAAACUGUGUCAGUACUUUAUAUGGCUAGAGGACAAGUGAUGGACUGAUGCAGAGGGUAUGAGGAUUUAGAGUCUGCAGCCCACAAAGUAAGACUCUAAUUGAAAAAAAUUGUAUAAAUUAGUGGCUAAAAGGAGGUGAGCUGGAGUGUUAUCAGUUCAAAUCUUGGUGUGGCCAUGGACUUGCUAAACACUGCCGGGCAAGCCACCCUUGGUUUCAGCCUCACAUCAGAAAUAUAGGAGUAACACUUUCUUGCCAUAUGGGAAUAUUGUAACAAUUACAAUAUACAAUAAGUGAAAUGUUUUGAAUAUUCAAAAGUGCUAUAUAAAUGCUGCGUAUUUAUUAAAAUUGGGUUUCUUCAUUA